UCCCGAUUUCUCAUCAUCACCAUUCCAUUACUCAUUGUUUCAUUCUUCUCCAACCAUCAAAUUUCGUCGCCGCCAAAAAUCUCUGCUCCUCAGCCACUCCUCUGUUUCAAUUCUCAAAUCUCUCAUUUUUUUCAUAGACAUCGACGUCUCUCUGUUCUGCCCUUUUAAGCAUAAAUUAUCGUUAUCUCAUAUUUUUCUUGCUCCAAGCUCUUCUGGGUUCGUCUAAUUCUUGCCAAUAUUUUCCUUGGGCACAGCGGUUUACGUUGUAUUGGCCUCCAUGGUUAUUUGCUUCCAUCUUUAAGCUGUUCUGGGUUCGUUUCAAUUGUUACCAAUAUUAUCCGAAUCUGUUUCAAUUAUCAUUGAAGGCCUACCUGCCAUGUUGGGUUACUUUCUAUGUAUUUUUGGCUGAUGGGAUAGUUUGGUAAGUUUGUAACUUCAUUUGGCGUAUUGGGAAUUGAGACUUAUAUUGUACUGGUACGUUAUUAUGUGAACUUCGGUUGGUUUUUACUUCGUUUGUUGUUUGGAUACGAGAUUGGAGGUUUUGGGGUUUUGGGUGUUUGGUUUCAGAGCUAUAAAGUAAAAUUGGCAAUUGGUCAUUUGGAAUUUUUCUCUGUCAUAAGUUUUUCCAGGGUUAUUUGGAAAAGUAGCUCCAAUCUUUGGCACUUGGCAGAAUAUUUGUUUCUCUUUGGGUUAUCAUGGCUGGUGGAAGAAAUGGGGAUAUUUGAAUGCUCGAAGGAUUCUUCGCCAAACUCCAUUGCCAAUGGAGGGAUCGCCUAGGCUCGGCCCAAAAGGUCUAAUUAAGAAGCACGAGUUUGUAAGAAUACUAAUUCAGUGCCUAUAUUCAAUUGGCUAUGAGAAGUCAGCCUCAUGCUUGGAGUUGGAGUCUGGCAUUUCGUGCAAAUCCGAUGAUUUUCAAUUGCUCGAAUCACAGAUAUCGAGCGGGAAUUGGGAUGGUUGUGUUGAUACCCUUAAUGCCAUUAAGGAUUUGACAGAUGACACAAGAGCUGCUGCUUUGUUUCUUGUGUUCAAACAGUGCCUUUUGGAGUAUUUGAGUUGUGGGGAUGACAAAUUGGCUGUGGCCAUUUUGCAGAAAGAGGUGUCAGCUUUACAGGUGGACAGAGAUAAGGUUCACAACCUUGCUCGGAGUAUCCUUUCCUGGAAGGAAGUGGAGCAGAGCAAGAUAGACGAUAAUGCUGUUCGAGAAUUGCGAAAAAAACUGUGGCAAGAAUUGGAAAAAUGGCUUCCUUCACCAAUUACGCUGCCUGAGCACAGAUUGGAACAUCUGGUUGAAACUGCUGUUUUGUCCCAGAUUGAUUCAUGUAUGUAUCAUAAUUUGUCAGAUGAAGUUUCACUUUAUGCAGACCAUUCCUGUAGUAGGGAUCAGAUCCCUACAGAGACUGUUCAGAUUUUGACCGAGCAUAAGAAUGAAGUUUGGUUUGUGCAAUUUUCUAAUAAUGGGGAGUACUUAGCCUCUUCGUCAAGUGAUUGCACGGCCAUCAUAUGGAAGGUGCCGGAGGAUGGUAGGGUGACACUAAAACAUACCCUACGGAGUCACCACAAUCCAGUAUCCUUUGUAGCAUGGAGCCCUGAUGACUCAAAGUUGCUUACAUGUGGAAAUGUUGAAGUCCUCAAGCUAUGGGAUGUUGAAACAGGUACAUGCAAGCAUACAUUUGGGGAUCCUGGCUUCAUUGUCAGCUCAUGUGCUUGGUUUCCCGACUCAAAGCAACUUGUGUGUGGCAGUUCCGACCCUGAAAAGGGCAUCUACAUGUGGGAUUGCGAUGGCAAUGAGUUAAAAGCAUGGAGAGGGAUGAGGAUGCCCAAGAUUUUAGAUCUUGCUGUGACACCAGAUGGGCAAAAUCUUAUCAGCAUCUUCUCUGAUAAAGAAAUUCGGAUUUUAAACGUGGGAACAAAUGCCGAACGAGUCAUCUCUGAAGACCAUUCUAUCACAUCCCUUUCAAUUUCUGGAGAUAGUAAGUUCUUUAUUGUCAACCUGAAUAGCCAGGAGAUUCAUAUGUGGGAUGUUGCUGGUGAAUGGGUGAAGCCACUGAAGUAUAUGGGCCACAAGCAGAGCAAGUAUGUGAUACGCUCCUGCUUCGGUCCAUUGAAUAGCACAUUCAUUGCCAGUGGUAGUGAGAACGCACAGGUAUACAUCUGGAACCGGCGAAAUUCUAGGCCAAUUGAGGUUUUGCGUGGGCAUUCAAUGACUGUGAACUGUGUGAGUUGGAAUCAUAGGAGACCUCAAAUGCUGGCAUCGGCGAGUGAUGAUCAUUCUAUCCGUAUAUGGGGAUCUAGCCUUUCUAAUAAGAUUCAACCUCAGAAGCUCAGUUGAAUGGAUCAUAUCUCCAAUUUCACACCCUAUGUAUAUAGCUUUUGUUAUUUUCAAUCUCUUAUUCAUUAUUGAGUUUGUGAAUACCUUUUUUUUUAAAAAUUUUUGGUACAGAUUUCCAUUUUAGAUGCCCUUUUCUGGUUGUCACCGUCUCUAGCAUUUGCUAGUCACCAUAAACAUAAUGUUGGAAGUAAUACUUUUCCUUUGCCAUGCUAU